GGGGUGGGCGGGGCGGCGCGGAGCGGCGCGGGGUGAUGGAGCCGCCGGCCCUCGCCGCCCGCGCUCCGGCACGCAGCAACCGCUGAGGCCCGCUCGCCGCUGCCGCCCGUCGGAGCGCAGCCGCCGCUCGCCUCCUGCCGCCACCCCCGCACCUCCGGGACAUGGCCACGGAGUCCCCGCGGCCGGCGCUGCCCGCGGCGGGGCGCCCCGAGGGCGGGCGCGGGCGCUGCGCGGGCGGCGGGCGCGGCGAGGCGGAGGAGGCCGCGGCCCAGCCGGCGCUCGGCGCUUCCCCGUGCCCCGCGGCGGCGGGGGGGGGCCGGCGGCGGGGGCUGAACGGCUGCGUGCCGCUGUCACACCAGGUGGCCGGGCACAUGUACGGCAAGGAUAAAGGCGGUAUACUGCAGCAUCCAGAUGGGACUGUCCUGAAGCAGCUGCAGCCCCCGCCUCGCGGUCCCAGGGAGCUGGAGUUCUACAAGAAGGUUUAUGACUCCGACUGUUGCGACAGCAUUCUUCUGGAGCUGCGGGAAUAUCUGCCAAAAUACUUUGGUGUCUGGUCACCACCUACUGCACCAAAUGAUACAUAUCUAAAACUGGAAGAUGUGACCCGUAAGUUUAAUAAGCCUUGCAUAAUGGAUGUAAAAAUAGGUCAGAAAAGUUAUGAUCCGUAUGCUUCAGCUGAGAAGAUACAGCAGCAGGUCAGCAAGUACCCGCUGAUGGAAGAGAUUGGCUUUUUGGUACUUGGCAUGAGGGUUUACCACAUCUCUUCUGACAGCUACGAGAUGCAGAACCAGCACUAUGGAAGGAGCUUGACAAAGGAAACAGUAAAGGAUGGCAUCUCAAAGUUUUUCCACAAUGGGUGCUGUUUGAGAAAGGAUGCAAUAGCUGCCAGCAUUCAGAAGAUUGAAAAGAUUUUGGGGUGGUUUGAGGGCCAGAAGCAACUCAACUUUUAUGCAAGCUCAUUGCUCUUCGUUUAUGAAGGUUCCUGUCAGGCAACAACUGUGCGGUUGAGUGAUAUGACCUUGGCAGAGAAGAGAGGAGUGCCCAAAGGACUGUUAGCAGGUGGAGACAUAUUGGAGUAUAAUAAUAAUAUUCAUGUAAUAAAUUCUACAGAGAAUGGAAAAAUCGAGGCCUCUGUAGGUAAAGGCUUGUCCAAGUUUUACGCACUUCACAAAAAGGCGUAUUCUAAGAGGCACCACAGUCAACUCUCACUUAAAGUUGAAAACUUGGAGCAAGACAACGUGUGGAAAAGCAGCACGUGCGUUACACAGGAGCAUCUGAACGGAAACGUUAUACCCCAACUGGAAAAAGUUUUCUGUCACAUGCCAGCAGAGAUCAAGGAAAGCGCCAGCGUAGAAGUCCGGAUGAUAGAUUUUGCUCAUGUGUUUCCUAGCAACACAAAGGAUGAGGGCUACAUUUAUGGUCUGAAGAAUUUAAUCAUAGUACUUCAGGAUAUUUUGGAUAACUAAAUUAUUUGCUAUGGUUUUUACUGGGGGCCAACGAUAAAGAAGAGCAACAACAUGAAGAAUUUCUGCACUUGUAAUGCUGUGUAACUGGGUUUAUAUUGUUCUAUAUUUUAUUUGUCUUUGUACUUUUGGUAGAAGGGUUUAACUUUUUAUAAUCUUACUCAGGAAAAUAAUUGAUAGUGAAUUAGGGAGUGUGAAAGGCUGUGGAUACUGGAGAUUAAGCAAGAUAGGUAAAUGACUAGAACGAAAUAUGGCUGGCUUAAAUCCAAGGAGUACAGUUGUACAAUAAGCAAGGGUUAUGUUAGUUCCUGUAACGACUUUAGCAUAGUUAACAUUUGCCCACUUAGCCUUGACACUGAGCCGUAUCUCCAUUAACAGGUUUUUAGAAAACGGACUGAAAACUCUCGAACAUGCGGGAUUGAUAUCCCCAGUGCUGCCCUCUUGUGUUUACUAUAUCUGAAUAACUGGAGUUAACCCUGCUUGGACAGAAAUCCCCUUUUGAGUCAGUAGUCUAACCUGGAAGCCAGUGUAUCUUAUCAGAAAGUGCUUUGCAAUGUCCCGGGAUGAUAGUUCUGUUCUUUCAGCCCUGGGGCGGGCGCUUCCCCUCAUGGUGGUUGUUCGGAGCUGAUGUUCACCACAGACAAGCUGCAACGUAAGUUGUGUCGCGGUGCUAAGAAAAUGCUGGAGUAAAAUACCGUAACAGACUUAAACUGCACAACUGCUAGAGAAGCUGUGUUCGUAAGAAGGGGUGAAAGAAUGCAAACACGAGAUGUUCCAGGAACUAAUUUAGUUUAGGAGCUUAAGUCAAUCUGUUAGUGGAGUGUCUGAUACGACUGAGGGAAAUGCCUCACUCCUUUGUUCUGAUGGCCCUUCUCCAAAAACAUUGCUUUUAAAAGCAAACUGAUCGAGAUUUCCUCUAGCCACUUGUAUUUUUGCAUCAAGCUUUUCACAUUUCCACUGCUGGGGAGCACCAGCCUGAAACGACGAGCAAUACAGGUGAAGGACCUUUUACUGCGAAGAUCCAGUCAGCCCUGGAGCAAGCAGACAUAUCUCACAUAUCUCUGCUUGUCGAAGAGGAGUUGAGGCCCUUUUUCUUUUAUGACAUGUAGGAGAGGGGUGUAAUUUGAAGGUUGUCACACUUCCUACUUUUUCACAGGAAAACUAAAGCUUUCUUGUGGAAUAUUGGAGAUCAGGAUGAUAUAUCCAAAGCAUUUUUGGUGUGUCUCUUCUGUGUGCUGCAUACGUGGCUGUCCUACCUAUAUAGUCAGCUAUAUGGAAAGUUGGGACAGAGGAGUCUUGCCAUCUGUAGAGCGAGAUUUUAAUGCUUUAACCAAGCCCCAGAAGUAGAACUUUUUAGAGUGGAUUUGGUCAUUGGAAACAUACAUUUUUCACACGUGGAUUUCGUGUGACACCAUGGCAUUGCUGCUCUCUGCGUGAUGUUCUGCACUACGCACUCAUGUGUACAUGUCUUUGCAAGAUCUCGAUUUGACAUAUUUUUUCUAUAUCAGAAAGAGAGAAAUACUUUUUCAAAUAAAUAUGCUGUUUUAAUUAAAGCUGAAAUUUUAGCUCUUUGAGAACCUGCGUUAAUUGGAAGAAACAGGGUAUUAUGUGUACAACUACAUUGUUUAGAGCUAAUAUUGGCCAAUACUUUCAAGAAUGAAACCAAUCUGUUAGUAACAUCAUGUUUUUGAAGCAUGGGACAAGACGCUUGCAGGAGGGACAGUAUCAUUUUGUUGAAAAUUUUAUGCAAAUUAUGGUGAAGGCUGAGGGGAAAGUAUCAGGAAGAGAAAGUAUUUUUUUCUACCUGCUAUUUCCAUUGCACCAUACAGCUAAUGUAUUCCUAACUCUCUGUGAACUAAUUUAAGCCAUAUUCUAGGAAGAGUUUGUGGUUUUGUUUGCUUUGACGCUGGUUUAUCUGUUAUGAUUUUGUUCUUCUAUCCUGCACAUAGUCAACACUAGGGUAGUCUAGGCUUGUAGUGGCCUCAUGUGAUAAAUUCACCAUGUUUUAUAGAAAAUAUGGGGGGGAAACACUUAUAUAAUGGUGUUUUUGUCCUCUGUAAUUCAUCUCUUCUGGAUUUUAAUCCAUUUUGUGCUGGAGAAAUCAGACAUCUGCCUCAAAGAAGUCAGUCAUUGGAAAAUGAUCUGUAUGCUCUUAGUAUAAGCUCAUUCUCCUGUCUCUGCUUUAAGAUAUAAGUCUUCAGUGUUUGAAUGCUCUUGAAGUAUUGAUUGUUGUGUUGACUAUGGCAGUGUUUGUAAUGCACCUGGAAUAUUGUUAAGCCGUCAGAAUAUUUUAAAUUAAAUAAAGUAAUUUUAUCAUGUUUUUUUACCAGUAGUUAUUAUUGAUAUAUUUCUGUUAAUUUAAAAUGUAGCUUGAGAGAUAACAGUAUUUUUAAUGGGAAGUUGUGUAAAUGAAGCUUGCUGUAGAGGUGUUUUGGCAUAGUACCAACUGUGAAUUUCUGCCUGCAAAGGCGUUAUAUUCACAUUGUUCUUGCACAUUUUAGAUUUGGUGUUUCUAGAUGGUGUUUCAGAUCACUUUCAGUUUUAGAUGUAUUCGCAGAAAUCAUUAAACAGAUUAUGGAGUUAAUUAUAAAAUGAAGAGGGGUACACUGGUCACUAAACAUACGUAUUGCCAUCAUCUCCUUCCCUCGCAGUGAUGCCUCUGUUGUUCUCUAUACGAAGUGUACGGGACAGGCGACGCUUACAUGGAAAUCUUCAUGGAAACAGUAACAAGGCUUAUAGAUAUUUCUGUCCCGUAAAUCAGGUCCCUUCCCCAGACCGGUGUGGUGUAUCUGUCGUCGAUGAAACGCGGCUGGUUCGAUUUUAAGCAAUAAGAGUUUGAUUUAGCAGAAUCGAUUGUCAAAAGGGAAGAUUCUUGGAGACGUUGUCAUUGAUGUACUCUCGGAAAAUACACUGUUCUGAAGACUUCCUACCUAGGUGAUUGUGAGAAUUGUGUAUAGGCUUACCUAAUGAGAGCUUGAAUUGUAUCAAGUUUUUUAAAAAAAGCAUUUACAUAUGUGCUAUUUUUGGAUAUGGGUGGAACUUGUUGCAAAACUUACGUUGGAAAUUAUUAUACCAUUAUGAAAUGUUUAAAAUAUUUUAAUCUAAUCAUUCUAAUCAUUUUACGAACUAAACCGGAGACUUUACAUAUAGUUGUGAUUCAUAUGAAGCUUGUACUGUUUUCUCUUCCCCCCUCCCCCUGCUGUAAUGCAUACUCAGAUUGUUUUUCCAUAACCCUGUAGUUUCAUGGAGAAAUUUUAAAGUGCUCGGUAGAUCAGGAAAUCACUAACUCCCCUUAGUUUGAUUAAUGGAGUGCAUGUGUUGUUGACAUACUUCAGUGCACGUGGUAUUUUAAGUACUAUUACUGAAUUAUACAUCUAAAGCCCCAGUAAAACUUCCUCACCUGCAUCAGGGAAGGCAUCACCUGCGCUGGCCUGAACUUACGCAGCAUUGUAAUUGUUCUGCUUCACCAUGUGAAGUAUUCCCAAGGACAGGAGGACAGUGGAAGAAUAGAGACUCACAUCUGCAUCUGCUGUUUAAAGUUACGAUUAGUUGUUCAUCCUCCCUCCUAUUUUCUUUUUUCUUCCAAGUAAGCUUUCCUCCUGAGUGCCUUCUUCAGCCCGUGCCACUGGUAAGCUCCUGUAGCAUCAUUAUGGAAUGAUUUAAAGCGAGAUUUUUAUUUCCUAAAAAAACUUACACCACCCAACUGCUCUUAAAGUCAGGUAUGGAAAAACACCAUCAAAAUGCCUCAAGUCCUGUGGGAAAUGCAAUUUCCUUUCUGCAGACUUGCCUGUGGAAGAGCAGGAGCAGAAGUUAGUGGAGAGCAUAGUUUGCUGUGAGACUGGUUCAUAGGUUUUAUGAAACUUCUUUAUUUGUGUUUUGAAGAAGAUGUUUCGGGGGCAAGGUGAGUGACAGCCAAACUGUAUGAAGUUUUCCUUUUCUUGCUGCAAUGAAUACCGAGGUUUGGGCACAAGAAGGUAGCACGGUGGGAAGCAAUGAAAGGUCCUAAGGAGCAGUGAGUAGGACAUCUGGUCCAUUCUGCAGUGCAGGUAAUCGCUGUGGAUAAAAUCCAAACAAGUGUCUCGCAGGGAGAAUAGCCAUGAAUAUUCAUUGAGUUACAACAGACCCUUGUAGAAUGUUAUCCCUGAAGCAGGUGCCUCUCUGUAGCAACAGACCAAACACUUGUCCUUGUUCACAGCAAUGUGCAAAUGAAAGCUGCAGAAAAGGUUGACGUCCAAAGGACAAAUGUAACUGAGCAGUGUUUGAAAGGGAAAGUGUGAGGAAAGCUGAGCAUUGUACAGCAGAAAACAUAACUUCAAGAAAUAUCUUUUACUGUAGUCUUGUUUAGUGGCUAUGGGCCCUGUGUAUUUCGAGUUUAAUUUGUUUGUUAUAGGACAUUCAACAGCAAAUAGUCGGAGCAAGGGUACUUCCAAAACACCUUAGUUUGAAUUGUGUACAUUGGUUCAAAUAGUUAUAUUUUUUUAAAAAGUGACCUGUGAAGUAACUUCCAAAUACAAUGUGUGUUGCACCUGACUAUAAGUGAAACUAGAGUGCACAAAGGCACUUUAAUACUCUGGGAACUGUACUGGAAAACGAAAGCAUGUGAAAUUGCACCUGGUGUUGUGUUGUUAAUUGUUUUUACAGUCUAAAAUUCUACAUUAAUUAUGCCUGAUAGGUGAAUGUAUCUAGUCUGAUCUCAGUUUCUUUGAUUCAAGUGUCUAAAGCCGUCACUCAAUCUCCUCUAAUUUGUAUGCGUUUAUAAUUUAAUUUGCUAUUUUUGGCCAUUACUGGACUGCAGGGGGUAUUGUUAAUAUUACAUGUGUUAUUUUAUAGAACAUUGUACUAUGCUAUCUACCAACUUUUGUAACUUAAUUGGAAGUGAUAUUGAGGGUAAUUCUAAUAGCUGUGUAUUUGGCAAAUUAUUAAAAAUUCCUGCAAGUGA